AUGGUACAUGCAGAUAAUGGGUUUUACAAAAAUGGGUACGGCUACAACAACAACAACAAGGUUGAGCACGUUAUGAAUAUUCCUCCACCUCCAGGAGCAGCAUGGGCUCCACCCAAUCGUAUUAGCAGUGACGUGAGCUCUUCCGGUUUCUCUGGGCCUCACGGUCCCGUUUUGCCACCUCCACACCCCUCAGUGGCCCUCGGAUUCAACCAAAGCUCCUUCACUUACGACGAGCUCUCAGCUGCCACUGGUGGCUUUAGCCAACGCAACCUCCUCGGUCAGGGUGGCUUCGGAUACGUCCACAAAGGUGUUCUACCCAAUGGCAAGGAAAUUGCAGUCAAGAGCCUGAAAUCCACAGGGGGCCAAGGUGACAGAGAAUUCCAAGCUGAGGUUGAUAUCAUCAGCCGUGUCCACCAUCGCCAUCUCGUUUCACUUGUUGGCUAUUGCAUGUCAGAAAGCAAAAAGAUCCUCGUUUAUGAGUUUGUGCCUAACAAGACCCUUGAAUACCACCUUCAUGGAAAGGGUCGACCUGUGAUGGAUUGGGGUAUCAGGCUCAAAAUUGCGAUUGGAUCGGCCAAAGGACUUGCUUAUUUACAUGAGGAUUGUCACCCUCGUAUCAUUCAUCGAGACAUAAAGGGUGCAAACAUUCUACUUGAAAACAAUUUCGAAGCCAAAGUGGCAGAUUUUGGGUUGGCAAAGUUCAGUCAAGACACCAACACUCAUGUUUCUACUCGUGUAAUGGGAACAUUCGGGUAUUUGGCUCCAGAGUAUGCAUCAACUGGUAAGCUAACUGAGAAAUCUGAUGUGUUUUCGUUUGGUGUUAUGCUUUUGGAGCUUAUAACAGGUCGGCCCCCAGUAGACAACACUGAUGAAUUUGAAGAUAGUUUGAUCGAUUGGGCUAGACCCCUUUGUACAAAGGCAAUGGAAGAUGGAGGUUUUGAAGGACUUGUGGAUCCACGCUUAGAGGGUAACUAUGACAAGCAGCAAAUGGUCUGUAUGGUGGCUUGUGCUGCUGUUAGCAUUAGGCACUCAUCAAAGAAGCGCCCGAAAAUGAGUCAGAUUGUGCGAGUACUGGAGGGUGAUGUGUCAUUAGAAGUGCUUCAUCACCAGGGAGUGAAACCUGGACACAGUACAGUGUUCGGCGAAACCGGGGAGUACGGUGCGGAGGCAUACGGUGCUGACAUGAUGAAGUUCAGAAAACUAGCGUUAGAUAGUGGCAGUGAGUAUGGUGUAACCAGUGAAUAUGGCCUUAACCCUUCCGUCUCAAGCAGCGAACAAUCUUCUGCAGAAUAUGGCAAUUCCAGGAGGGUUAUGAACAUUGGACAGUGGGGGGUCGUGACACUAGAGGAGCCUCCUUUGUACAUCUAUGGGAAAUUUGGAGUCGGAACAGAGAUCUCACAGAUUCACCGGUCAUUGGUGAUGGCUCAGCCGCUCGUGAAGAAGGACGAUGACCGCGACGACGAAGCCGAGUAUUCCCCCUUUCUGGGAAUUGAAAAGGGGUCUGUUCUUCAGGAGGCCAGAGUUUUUAAUGACCCUCAGCUAGAUGCUAGGAGGUGUUCACAGGUUAUUACAAAACUCCUAUACCUACUGAAUCAGGGCGAGACGUUUACAAAGGUUGAAGCAACAGAAGUUUUCUUUGCUGUUACUAAGCUUUUCCAGUCUAAAGAUAUGGGAUUAAGGAGAAUGGUCUACCUGAUGAUAAAGGAGAUCUCUCCCUCUGCAGAUGAGGUUAUCAUCGUGACAAGCUCUCUAAUGAAAGAUAUGAAUAGCAAAAUUGACAUGUAUAAGGCGAAUGCUAUUCGAGUGCUUUGUCGAAUCACUGAUGGGACACUCCUUUCCCAAAUUGAGCGGUAUUUAAAACAAGCUAUUGUUGAUAAAAAUCCAGUUGUUGCAAGUGCUGCUUUAGUUAGUGGCUUUCAUUUGCUCCAGACAAAUCCUGAAAUUGUAAAAAGAUGGAGCAAUGAGGUUCAGGAAGCUGUUCAAUCAAGAGCAGCCCUUGUACAAUUUCAUGCACUGGCUUUGCUACAUCAGAUUCGACAGAAUGACCGGUUGGCAGUUAGCAAGCUAGUUACCAGCUUGACAAGGGGAAAUGUUCGAUCACCUUUAGCGCAGUGCCUUUUGAUCCGUUACACUAGUCAGGUUAUUUAUGAGUCAGGCAAUAAUACACAGUCAGGGGAACGCCCCUUCUAUGAUUAUCUUGAGAGUUGCCUUCGCCACAAGUCAGAGAUGGUGAUUUUUGAAGCUGCUAGGGCAAUAACAGAGCUCAAUGGUGUAACAGGUCGAGAAUUAACUCCAGCAAUUACUGUUCUUCAACUAUUUUUAAGUUCUUCUAAGCCAGUCUUGAGAUUUGCUGCUGUUCGCACCUUGAACAAGGUGGCAAUGACACAUCCAAUGGCAGUAACGAACUGCAACAUUGAUAUGGAAAGUUUAAUCUCGGAUCAGAACAGAAGCAUUGCUACCCUCGCAAUUACUACACUUUUGAAAACAGGAAAUGAAUCUAGUGUGGAUCGUCUUAUGAAGCAGAUCACAAACUUCAUGUCUGAUAUUGCUGAUGAGUUCAAAAUUGUUGUUGUUGAAGCAAUAAGAUCAUUGUGCCUGAAGUUCCCUUUAAAAUAUCGAUCCCUGAUGAAUUUCCUGAGUAAUAUUCUUAGGGAAGAAGGUGGUUUUGAUUACAAGAAGGCAAUUGUAGAUUCAAUUGUGAUUCUCAUUAGAGAUAUCCCUGAUGCAAAGGAAGCUGGGUUGCUUCAUCUUUGUGAGUUCAUUGAAGAUUGUGAGUUCACUUAUUUGUCUACACAGAUACUUCACUUCCUUGGAAUUGAAGGACCAAAAACAUCAGAUCCAAGCAAAUAUAUUCGUUAUAUUUAUAAUAGAGUGCAUCUUGAGAAUGCAAUUGUUAGGGCCAGUGCCGUGAGUACACUGGCAAAAUUUGGUGCUGCAGUUGAUGCGUUGAAGCCCCGCAUAUUUGUUCUGCUAAGGCGAUGUCUUUUUGACAGUGACGAUGAGGUUCGUGAUAGGGCAACGCUUUACCUGAACACACUUGGAGGUGAUGGUUCAGUUGUUGAGACUGAUAAGGAUGUAAAGGACUUCCUGUUUGGGUCAUUUGAUAUCCCACUUGUUAAUCUGGAGAAUAGUUUGAAAAAUUAUGAACCUUCAGAAGAAGCUUUUGACAUUAACGCGGUGCCCAAGGAGGUCAAGUCCCAGCCACUUGCUGAAAAGAAAGCCCCUGGUAAAAAGCCAUCUGGUUUGGGUGCUCCUCCAAGUGGUCCCUUAUCAACUCUAGAUGCAUAUGAGAAGAUGCUUUCAACCAUUCCAGAGUGUGGAAACUUUGGGAAACUUUUUAAGUCCUCAGCACCUGUGGAGCUCACUGAAGCUGAGACAGAAUAUGCAGUUAAUGUCAUUAAACACAUUUUUGAUAGGCAUGUUGUGUUCCAGUACAACUGCACCAACACAAUACCAGAGCAAUUAUUGGAAGAUGUUAUUGUGACUGUGGAUGCUUCAGAAGCAGAUGAUUUCUCUGAGGUGUUCUCCAAGCCUAUCAGGUCUCUUCCUUAUGAUUCACCCGGACAGACUUUUGUGGCAUUUGAGAAGCCAGAGGGAGUGCCAGCAGUUGCAAAGUUUUCUAACAUUCUGAAAUUUAUUGUUAAAGAGGUUGACCCUACCUCUGGCGAGGCUGAAGAUGACGGUGUUGAAGAUGAAUACCAGCUCGAGGAUCUGGAGGUUGUUGCUGCAGAUUACGUGUUGAAAGUGGGGGUGUCUAAUUUUAGGAAUGCUUGGGAAAGCUUGGGCCCUGAUUUUGAGCGAGUGGAUGAAUACGGUCUUGGUCCUAGAGAGAGCUUGGCUGAAGCUGUAAAUACUGUUAUCAACCUGCUUGGUUUGCAGCCCUGUGAGGGAACAGAGGAGGUUCCCCCCAAUUCAAGAUCACACACAUGCUUAUUGUCAGGUGUAUUCAUAGGGAAUGUUAAGGUGCUUGUGCGGUUGUCUUUUGGACUUGAUGGUCCAAAGGAUGUUGCCAUGAAACUUUCUGUCAGAUCGGAGGAUGAAACUGUCAGCGAUGCCAUUCAUGAGAUUGUGGCAAGUGGCUAG